AUGGGUCUCCGUUUACAUGCUAUUCGACUAGCAUCAUCCACAGCUAGGCCAGCAACUUCAAAAUCUGUAGAAGUCCCAAAGGGCUAUCUUGCAGUGUAUGUUGGAGAGAAACAAAAGCGUUUUGUGAUCCCUGUAUCAUACUUGAACCAAUCUUCAUUCCAGGAGUUGUUGAGUCAAGCAGAGGAAGAGUUUGGAUAUGAUCAUCCCAUGGGUGGCCUUACAAUUCCUUGCAGCGAAGAUGUCUUUCGAUAUUGCAACUUUUCAUUUGGUUAUGCUUUAGCAAUUUGCCUGCACGAAGUUGACAUAGUUUUCAAACCUCCAUUUUUUUUAAUGUUCCAAACUUUCCAAUACGCACAAUCCUCUUGA